AUUCUUCAGCAAUUUAGCGCGGGUAAACUAACAAAAAUCAUCUACGUGGGCACGUUUAGAAAAAUCGUAUGCAGUGUGAAUGAUGCCUUUAACUGGGAUUCUUUCUGAGAUCGGUUAACAAACAAAUUGCUGAACGAAAUAGCUGAACAAAAAUAGACACAUGGAAGCGUAGCAAAACAUCUGGAGCAGUACAUUUUAGUUAAUGAGGAAGUGGUUGUCGGACGGAAAGACGCAACUUUGAUGAUUACAAAUGAUCCCUCCGUUAGCCGCAAACAUGCUGUUUUAAGUGUUAAACAUCCAGAAGAAAAUUUGGGAAAUCCGUUAAAACCAUCUUCCUUAUUUUUGAGAGAUGAAGGUUCCAAGUAUGGUACUUUUAAAAAUGGUGUCCGAAUAUCAAUUGAAGUUGAACUGCAGGAUAAUGAUGUUGUUAAAUUUGGUCAAUUUGAAAGUGAAUACAGAGUUUGUAAGCUUCCAUUAGUGGUAACUACUUCAUGUUUAGAUGUAUCAGGAAAGAGAACUCUUAAAAAGACUAUUCAUAGCCUUGGAGGACAUUUUGUAUCAGAAUGGCAGCCAUCCUGUUCACAUUUAGUUAUGUCUGAAGUCAAAGUGACCAUAAAAGCAUUAUGCUGUUUAUGUUCAGCUAAACCUAUAGUCAAGCCUGACUAUUUUGUUGACUUAUUAAAUAGCCUAACUACUUCUUCUAAGAUUAUUUGUCCAAAACAGUAUAUUCCACCCAUUGGAGAAGCUCUCAUAGAUAAGGAUGUGGUGUCGUUUGAUAUCAAUAACCAAAGAAAGUCACUUUUUGAAAAUAAGAAUUUUUUCUUCCUGGAUGAGAAACAAUUUAAGAAAUUGCAUCUUGGUAUUGUGCUUGGUGGUGGUAAUGCAUCCAUACUUUCGUCUGAAAAAGUGUCUUCUGAUCUUCUGUCUGAAGAAGGUAGUUGUGUCAUUGAACCUGCUAAAGAAUUCAGUCAAGUUAUAGGCAGAGAAACCCUUUCAGAUGUUUUAUCUAUACUGCAGUCGAACAAGUUGAGAUUGAUUCCAGAGUCUGAUGUUGGUUUAGCAGUUGCUUACUGUUCUACUGAAAAGUUCUGCAAUCCUAAAUUUAGUAUGGGUGACGCCAUGUUCAAUGGUCAAAACUUACAAUCUCAGACUUUGUCUGUUCGUGAAGUGUAUGUACCUGAUACACAAGAGAGAAUAGUCAGCUCUGAACAGGCAAAAGGUGUUGUACCUGAUAUUGAUAAUAGUUUAAACCUUACAAGUUUUCGAGCCGAUGCUGUGGAGGAGAUGGAAUUAUCUGAAAUACCGUUAUCUGCUCAAGUAAAACGUGAGUUAGAUGACAUAUUUGAUGAACCGAUGGAAAUUCCUAAUAGUCCACCUAAAUUAAAAGCUGAUACUUCUGUGGCAAACUCUUUGGAGAAAACUCGCAAAUUAAAGCCUGAGGCAUCAUUAGUUGCUGAAAAUGAAAAAUCGCCUGUUAGAAUACUCAAUACAGAACCUACAUCGAAUUUCAGAACACGAAGACAGCUAUUAGAAAAGAGAUGCUCUGAAUCACCAAAGAAAAAUCCUCCAUCCAAUAAACAAAUUAAAAAAGAAGAAAAUAAUCUAAGUGAUGAAAAUCAAGAAAUCAUGGCUUCUAAUGAAAGGAUUUCAGUCAAACCGGAAGAGCCUGAUCUUACUAAAAUGAAUGAGCUGCUUCAGCCGGAAUUACCUUCAAAUCUUAUGAAAGUAGAAAUUGUAUCCCUCGUAUGUAAGAGAAAUAAACCUCUACCGCAAGCUCAGAAGUAUAAAAAUUGCAAUGUAAAGAACUUCAAGAAAUUUAAAAAAGUUUACCCCAAAAAAUCACAAGCCCUGCCUAAAAUAAUAGGUGCUCAUGAAUUAGUACCUUAUGAUAAAGUUACAGCUCAAAUUCCUAAUGAGGAAUGGGAUGAUCAUGCAGAGGAAGUAAUUCAGCCAAUUAGAGGAGCAUUUGACUGGGAUACUCCUUCUGUAUGAUGACACUUUUACAACUGCUCACCAUGUUCAUUUAUUGAAAAAUGAAUUUUUUAAUUUGUAUCACUUUUAUGAGUACCUUUUAGAUUUUGCUAUUAUAUUUGUUAUUAUAUAUUUUUUUCAAACUUUUAUAGUUUCUAUUUGUUUAUUUUUUUGUCUUUAUUUACAUAACCAUCGCCACAUUUUGUGAUAAUUUUAGAGACCGAAUUUAAUUGGUACAAUCCUAAUUUAGCCUAAAAUACCUGACCUAAAUAAAGAGUAAUCACUAGCAUCUUACUGUGCAUAUAUUUAUUUAUUCCGAGCUUAAUUAGUUAGAUUAAAAAUGUUUUUCUUUUAGAAAUAUUUAAUUUUACUUCAUGUACUGAAAAUAAAUUUUUUAAAUAUUUUCAAUCUGAAUUAACUAUGUUAAUUACUUUUAUUGUAAAAAAUAUCUAGGUCUAUCUUUUUAUGAAAAGAAAUCUAAUACUAAUUUUUUUUUGAUGUCUCUAAAUUUUUUUGUUGUUUAAUAGUAAAUAUAACUAACCAUUUUAAAAAUCAAUAACAAAGUUGAUUUUAAAAUUUAAUUAAGAAUUUGAUUAAAAUAUUUCAGUUUGCUCAGUCAGCUUUGGAAGUUAAUAGUUUUUUCUCCAGGUAUAAAUUAGUUACAAAAUUCAUCCACAGAUGGUUUUGUUUUAGUUUAUGAAUUGGAUUGUUUAAUUGUGAAAAACAUAGAAAACGGUUUUAAAAUAGCCAUCAUUUGCAAUAACAGCCUCAGUCUGAUGACAAAUUUAUUAAAAACUUAUAUAAAUAAUAAUGUUGGCUUUGGUCUAACGUGCUGCAAAUAGCACUGUCUUAUAGUUUUUUCAGUUUGUAGUGCCUUCUGUUGACAAAUUUUGUAACUAAUUGAUAAAUUUUUUGAGAAUAUAUAUACCUGGUUUUGUUAGCAGAACAUAACAAAUUGUUCAUUCCUAUCUCCUUUUGUUUGUCUGCAAUUGGGUUUUCGAAUUGUCAUUCAUUUUGGAACAUCCUGUAAGAAUAGUUUUAUUAAGAAAAAAAAUUAAAAAUUCAGAAUUAAAGAAAAAUCAGUUUUAAUAUCUUGCGGUUAUACUUUGAUUAAAAGCAUGCUUUACCUGUUCAUUUUUUUUUAUGAAUCUUACUUGAAAAGUUAAAAAUCCAGCAUUAUAAGAAUGUAAAGACCUGCCAAUAAAGAAAGAAAGAAUUUUUUAUUUUUACACAUUGCCUAGUCAUUCUUUAAAAGGCUAAAGACAAACUGGUAAAGUAUAAAAUACAUCAAUCAUUUUAUAACAUGCCUUUGUUUUCUGUAAAAUUCCAGCAUUUCAUGCAUUGUCAGUCAUAAAUAAGUGACUUCCUUCUUUAAAGUCUUUUUUUUCUUAUAAAUUACAUAUUUAUUUUUAAGGAAUGAAUGUCUUUUAAAUAUUAGAUCUUUUUUUAAUUAUCUUUUUUUUACACUUAUGAUCUUUUUUUAUACUUUACAUACUUUACCUGAAAAACAAUUGCUAUUCCAGAAGUAUUAUAUACAAUGCUUAAGUAAAGUUUUUAAUUAGUAUUGAUCAAGUGAAAAUUAUGAAUUUUAAAUUUGUCGAUAUAAUUGUACAUAAUGUUUGUAUAAUAAAAGUACUUUUAAUAUA